CCGGCUGUUUAUUUAUGCACACGUCACCGGGCCGGCCCCGCCCUCCGGCAUCUCAUUAAGGCAGUGUGUUCCUCUCGCCCUGUCAAUAAUCUCCGCUCCCAGACUACUCCGUUCCUCCGGAUUUCGAUCCCCCUUUUUCUAUCUGUCAAUCAGCGCCGCCUUUGAACUGAAAAGCUCUCAGUCUAACUUCAACUCACUCAAAUCCGAGCGGCACGAGCACCUCCUGUAUCUUCGGCUUCCCCCCCCUUUGCUCUUUAUAUCUGACUUCUUGUUGUUGUUGGUGUUUUUUUUUUUUUACCCCCCUUUUUUAUUUAUUAUUUUUUUGCACAUUGAUCGGAUCCUUGGGAACGAGAGAAAAAAGAAACCCAAACUCACGCGUGCAGAAGAUCUCCCCCCCCUUCCCCUCCCCUCCUCCCUCUUUUCCCCUCCCCAGGAGAAAAAGACCCCCAAGCAGAAAAAAAGUUCACCUUGGACUCGUCUUUUUCUUGCAAUAUUUUUUGGGGGGGCAAAACUUUUUGGGGGUGAUUUUUUUUGGCUUUUCUUCCUCCUUCAUUUUUCUUCCAAAAUUGCUGCUGGUGGGUGAAAAAAAAAUGCCGCAGCUGAACGGCGGUGGAGGGGAUGACCUAGGCGCCAACGACGAACUGAUUUCCUUCAAAGACGAGGGCGAACAGGAGGAGAAGAGCUCCGAAAACUCCUCGGCAGAGAGGGAUUUAGCUGAUGUCAAAUCGUCUCUAGUCAAUGAAUCAGAAACGAAUCAAAACAGCUCCUCCGAUUCCGAGGCGGAAAGACGGCCUCCGCCUCGCUCCGAAAGUUUCCGAGACAAAUCCCGGGAAAGUUUGGAAGAAGCGGCCAAGAGGCAAGAUGGAGGGCUCUUUAAGGGGCCACCGUAUCCCGGCUACCCCUUCAUCAUGAUCCCCGACCUGACGAGCCCCUACCUCCCCAACGGAUCGCUCUCGCCCACCGCCCGAACCCUCCAUUUUCAGUCCGGCAGCACACAUUACUCUGCGUACAAAACGAUUGAACACCAGAUUGCAGUUCAGUAUCUCCAGAUGAAAUGGCCACUGCUUGAUGUCCAGGCAGGGAGCCUCCAGAGUAGACAAGCCCUCAAGGAUGCCCGGUCCCCAUCGCCAGCACACAUUGUCCAGAGCCCCCUCCCUUGCUGCACUCAGGGACAUGACUGUCAGCACUUCUACCCCCCCUCAGACUUCACUGUCAGCACUCAAGUCUUCAGGGACAUGAAAAGGAGCCACUCCUUACAAAAAGUUGGGGAGCCCUGGUGUAUUGAGUCGAACAAAGUGCCAGUGGUGCAGCACCCUCACCAUGUCCACCCCCUCACGCCUCUUAUCACGUACAGCAAUGAACACUUCACGCCGGGAAACCCACCUCCACACUUACCAGCCGACGUAGACCCCAAAACAGGAAUCCCACGGCCUCCGCACCCUCCAGAUAUAUCCCCGUAUUACCCACUAUCGCCUGGCACCGUAGGACAAAUCCCCCAUCCGCUAGGAUGGUUAGUACCACAGCAAGGUCAACCAGUGUACCCAAUCACGACAGGAGGAUUCAGACACCCCUACCCCACAGCUCUGACCGUCAAUGCUUCCAUGUCCAGCUUUCUGUCUUCUAGGUUCCCUCCCCAUAUGGUCCCACCACAUCAUACGCUACACACGACGGGCAUUCCGCAUCCGGCCAUAGUCACACCAACAGUCAAACAGGAAUCGUCCCAGAGUGAUGUCGGCUCACUCCAUAGUUCAAAGCAUCAGGACUCCAAAAAGGAAGAAGAAAAGAAGAAGCCCCACAUAAAGAAACCUCUUAAUGCAUUCAUGUUGUAUAUGAAGGAAAUGAGAGCAAAGGUCGUAGCUGAGUGCACGUUGAAAGAAAGCGCGGCCAUCAACCAGAUCCUUGGGCGGAGGUGGCAUGCACUGUCCAGAGAAGAGCAAGCGAAAUACUACGAGCUGGCCCGGAAGGAGCGACAGCUUCAUAUGCAACUGUACCCCGGCUGGUCCGCGCGGGAUAACUAUGGAAAGAAGAAGAAGAGGAAAAGGGACAAGCAGCCGGGAGAGACCAAUGAACACAGCGAAUGUUUCCUAAAUCCUUGCCUUUCACUUCCUCCGAUUACAGACCUGAGCGCUCCUAAGAAAUGCCGAGCGCGCUUUGGCCUUGAUCAACAGAAUAACUGGUGCGGCCCUUGCAGGAGAAAAAAAAAGUGCGUUCGCUACAUACAAGGUGAAGGCAGCUGCCUCAGCCCACCCUCUUCAGAUGGAAGCUUACUAGAUUCGCCUCCCCCUUCCCCCAACCUGCUAGGCUCCCCUCCCCGAGACGCCAAGUCACAGACUGAGCAGACCCAGCCUCUGUCGCUGUCCCUGAAGCCCGACCCCCUGGCCCACCUGUCCAUGAUGCCUCCGCCACCCGCCCUCCUGCUCGCUGAGGCCACGCACAAGGCCUCCGCCCUCUGUCCCAACGGGGCCCUGGACCUGCCCCCAGCCGCUUUGCAGCCUGCCGCCCCCUCCUCAUCAAUUGCACAGCCGUCGACUUCUUCCUUACAUUCCCACAGCUCCCUGGCCGGGACCCAGCCCCAGCCGCUGUCGCUCGUCACCAAGUCUUUAGAAUAGCUUUAGCGUCGUGAACCCCAGCUGCUUUGUUUAUGGUUUUGUUUCGCUUUUCUUAAUUUGCCCCCCACCCCCACCUUGAAAGGUUUUGUUUUGUACUCUCUUAAUUUUGUGCCAUGUGGCUACAUUAGUUGAUGUUUAUCGAGUUCAUUGGUCAAUAUUUGACCCAUUCUUAUUUCAAUUUCUCCUUUUAAAUAUGUAGAUGAGAGAAGAACCUCAUGAUUCUACCAAAAUUUUUAUCAACAGCUGUUUAAAGUCUUUGUAGCGUUUAAAAAAUAUAUAUAUAUACAUAACUGUUAUGUAGUUCGGAUAGCUUAGUUUUAAAAGACUGAUUAAAAAACAAAAAGAAAAAAAAGCAAUUUUGAAGCAGCCCUCCAGAAGGAGUUGGUUCUGUAUUAUUUGUAUUAAAUACGAGCUUGCGAACCAAUCAUUUUACAUCUGGUUUUUAAACCGUAAGGGCACCACGAAUGCAGUGCCGUUACUUUUUUUUUUUUUUUCUGUGUGAAACAACUUUUAUUGUGAUGUUACUUGUUAUUGUUUAAAUGUACAGAAACAAAGGGUAAAAAUGUGUUAAUAUACCUUGUUCCAUGGUGUUGUUCUUUUGGGGGGAGGGGACGCUACUCAACACUUAAUAGAAUCACAACGCUGUUGGGCCAGUAGUAUUUAUUGCUUUAGAGAUUGCUUGUCGUACCUGUAUGUCGUCCCUUUUUAAAUAUGUUUUCCUUUUUCUUGAAACUGUAUAAAGUUUUUUUUCCCCUUAGCAUAAGCAUCUUAUAUAUAACAACUCAUUUGUACAAGGUUUUUAAGUUUAUAUAUAAAAUGUGUAUAUAUAUUUUUGUUUCCCCUUUUUGACUUUUUUUUUUUCUGUAUGAAACCCAGAUGUCACCAAAUGGACAUUAAUAGUUGCAUUAAGGAUCAGUAGCAUUAACAAAAGUUGCUUUAAAAGCCAUUAUGUAAAACAAGACUUGAAAAUGAGUGAGGGAAUUUUAGCGACACUGUCUGAGCAGCAGUGGGAACCAUCUUCGUUUCCCCUUUGAACUCCCAGUGGGAUGCCCUACCCUGCGCCCUUAGGACCCGGACUGACCGUGUGCAAAACUUUACGUGCCAAAAUUCUCAGUGAAUUUAGCUUUCUCCCUCUUUUUGAUGCUGUAAUUUUUGUUCAUCAUGUUUUGCUGUGAUGUUACAUAGGUAGAUUUGUAUGUAGUUUUAAUGUCACCUAUAACAAAAUGUGUUUGGUAGCAGAUUGUCCAGAAAGCAUUUUAAAUGAAGAGGUAUAAACCCUUAAGGGCCAAAAUUCUGUAUAUUAGAUUACUCUUAAACGAAAAACCAGCUGCCGCUUUUAUGUACACAUAUUACAUACGAGUAGGCAGCAGACUUUAAAAAUAAAAAAAACCUAGGCAUGUUGAUGUUGCAAAAUGCUGUAUAAAGCUGAAACCUGUUCAUUCAGUGCCAUUGUAGUUGACAUGAAGCGAUUGUAAAACUGUCUCCGAUUUUUCUCUGGUUUAUUAAAAUGCUAACUAUAACAUUUUUUGUGAAUACUUUGAAUGUUUCCUAACAGUUGUGAUGUUACUGUUCCGUUUUAUGCUCUUAUUCCAAGUUCAUUUUUAAUGGUUUGGAAGCCAUUUUUGUAAUGAAUAAAUGUUCAUGCUGUACAGUAUCUGUAGCAUGCCAUUCUGGAUUAAUAAAAGCAACUUAGUAUGUGCAGAUAAA